CUCCAAUGUCACUCCCAUAUAUCUAUAUAUAGUACUUGCAUUUAAACUCAUCACACACACCUCUUCCAUAGUCUGGUCUUCUAGGACUUCACCCCCUUACCUCUUCUUCAUCAUCAUUCCUUAUAUCAAACUUUUUUGAUUAAUUAAUGGAGGGGGUGCUAAAGAAAUGUUGGGUGGUGGGUGUGAUUUUUGCAGUAGUUUUGCUUUCAGAACCAUAUGGGGCUAGAGCGCAGCAAGUUCCUGGCUACUUUAUUUUCGGGGAUUCGUUGGUCGAUAAUGGCAAUAAUAAUCAGCUUUCAUCUUUGGCUAGAGCUGAUUAUUUGCCUUAUGGGAUUGACUUCCGGCCUCCACGACCGACCGGAAGGUUUUGCAAUGGCAGAACAACGGUUGAUGUCAUUGCUGAGCAACUGGGCUUCCGCAACUACAUUCCACCUUAUGCUACAGCAAGGGGCCGAGCUAUUCUCGGAGGAGUGAAUUAUGCAUCUGCUGCUGCCGGAAUUAGAGAUGAAACCGGCCAACAACUCGGAGAUCGAAUUAGUUUUAGUGGUCAAGUACGAAACUACCAGAAUACGGUCUCACAAAUUGUGAACAUACUUGGGGACGAGGACACAGCAGCAAAUUAUCUAAGCAGGUGCAUUUUCUCAAUUGGACUAGGCAGCAAUGAUUACCUUAACAAUUAUUUCAUGCCUCAGAUUUACUCAUCAAGCCGCCAAUAUACUCCGGAGCAAUAUGCUAAUGUUCUUAUCCAACAAUAUACUGACCAGUUAAAGAUUUUGUACAACUAUGGAGCCAGGAAGUUUGUGUUGAUUGGAGUGGGUCAGAUAGGAUGCAGCCCCAGUCAAUUGGCCCAAAAUAGUCCUGAUGGGAGAACUUGUGUUCAGAAAAUUAAUUCUGCCAACCAGAUUUUCAAUAAUAAGCUCAGAUCUCUUGUUGCUCAGUUCAACGGCAAUACUCCUGAUGCGAGAUUUAUCUACAUCAAUGCUUAUGGGAUCUUUCAAGAUAUAAUAAACAGACCUGCAACUUUUGGUUUUACUGUUACAAAUGCUGGAUGUUGCGGUGUUGGGAGGAAUAAUGGCCAAAUUACAUGUCUACCUUUACAAAAUCCAUGCCGAAAUAGGGACCAAUAUGUGUUUUGGGAUGCAUUUCACCCGACUGAGGCAGCAAACGUAAUUAUUGGAAGGAGAUCUUACAGUGCACAAUCUGCAUCGGAUGCAUACCCGUUCGAUAUUCGCCGGCUGGCUCAGUCCUGAAGAUGGAGCUAGCUAAUAGUUGUGGUGAUAUGUCAAGUUAAAGAUGUUCCCAAGAAUUUUAUUUUUUUGUUUUUUGCUGUAUAAUGUUGGUUGCUGUUAUUGUUGUUGUCAAUUGUUACAUGGAAUUUUAAGUGUAAACAAGUUAAGAUAGAGUCUUGUCUACGCAUUGACUCUAGUGUAUUCAUGCAAACUUGUAUUGAGUAUGAGAUUUGGCUUGAAUUAAAUUUCUUAAAUUACUAUAAGAUGUAAAUUGAAAAUUGAAUUGAGUAAUAUUAUGCUUUUAUUUUGAUUA